CACAUGGCAACCUCAAACACGCACGCACGCACGCACGCACACACACACACACAGUUCUAAGCGGCGCAGUUCCAGUUUUCUACUCAUCGAGCCCGUCUGUCCUGUCCCGCCUGAGGAGCUUUCGCCCCUCGUUUCUAAACUCAACCGAAUGGGGUGCGGAACCCUCCACGGUUUCCUCCAGUAGUGUGUGUGGUGUGUGUGUGUGUGUGGGUGGGUGGGUGAGAGCUGAAGAGUCGCUCUGCUGCUGCUGGAAUCAAGCAGAUCCACAAUGGCGACUCACAGUCCCAGUAACAGCAACUCACCAACAGCCCCGUGUAUCAGGAGCAUCAGCGCCGCGGGACCCGUGAUGCAACACCUGAGCAACACGCAGGAUUCCAACACAUGCUGGAGGUGUCAGAAUGAAACAGGGUUUCAGAUAAAUCUGACUGGAGUAACCCAAAGUAAACGCAAAGCACUGAAGUUAAACUUUGCCAAUCCACCGGUCAAACCGACCACUCGUCUGCCCAUCGUCACGCCGGCUCCUCCUUUCCAGAAUCCACACAUAGAGCGUCUGCGCACACACAGCAUCGAGUCCUCGGGGAAGCUGAAGAUUUCUCCGGAACAGCACUGUGACUUCACCGCCGAGGACCUGAGGGAUCUGGGAGAGAUCGGGAGAGGAGCGUACGGCUCCGUCAACAACAUGGUGCACAAGCCCAGCGGGCAGAUCAUGGCCGUCAAGCGCAUCCGCUCCACCGUGGACGAGAAGGAGCAGAAGCAGCUGCUCAUGGAUCUGGAUGUGGUGAUGAGGAGCAGCGACUGCCCGUAUAUCGUCCAGUUCUACGGCGCUCUGUUCCGUGAGGGCGACUGCUGGAUCUGCAUGGAACUGAUGUCUACCUCCCUCGACAAAUUCUACAAAUAUGUAUAUUGUGCAUUAGAUUAUGUCAUUCCAGAGGAAAUAUUAGGCAAAAUUACAUUAGCAACUGUGAAAGCACUGAAUCACUUGAAAGAAAACUUGAAGAUCAUCCACAGAGACAUCAAACCCUCCAACAUUCUCCUGGACAGAAACGGAAACAUUAAACUGUGUGAUUUCGGCAUCAGCGGACAGCUGGUCGACUCCAUCGCCAAGACCAGAGACGCCGGCUGUCGACCGUACAUGGCUCCGGAGCGGAUCGACCCCAGCGCCUCCAGACAGGGUUACGAUGUUCGCUCAGACGUCUGGAGUUUGGGAAUCACGUUGUACGAGCUGGCGACGGGACGCUUCCCCUACCCCCGCUGGAACAGUGUGUUUGAUCAGCUGACUCAGGUGGUGAAGGGAGACCCUCCUCAGCUCAGCAGCUCUGAGGAACGCCAGUUUUCUCCCAAAUUCAUCCAGUUUGUCAAUCUAUGCCUUACGAAGGACGAGUCAAAAAGGCCAAAGUACAGAGAACUGCUGAAGCAUCCGUUCAUCCUGAUGUACGAGGAGCGAGUGGUGGACGUGGCGUUGUACGUGUGUAAGAUCCUGGAUCAGAUGCCAGUGUCUCCCAGUUCUCCCAUGUAUGUUGACUGAUGGUGAGCGGUCUGUAAGUCGCACGGCCCGGUCACCAUGUGGUGUUCAUACAGCAUCAGCCCGUAACCGGCCCACAUUUCACCGCGUUUCCCACGUCACGCCCGGCCUCGGCGCUCGCUCUCUGCCGCCAGUCACGUCAGCCAUCCGAACACUCGCCUCGCUCUCCAGAGCAAACACUCUCAAAUCAAGAGAUUGCUUUAAAAAUGUGCUUUGUGCUUAAAACAAAAACAAUGAUCUGCCAGCGGCGUCAGAAAAAAAUCAUCUUGUUUUCCCUUUGGAUGAAGAUUAUUAUUCUGACUCCAUUGGCUGAUUUUGUUUAAAGCACAAACUCGAAAACAAGACUGAAUAUCUUGUGUAAUUUCCCUUCUCCAGUAAAUGUGUCUCGAUUUAAGAAUGUUUGUGCUGAGGAAGAACACCAUCGUCUUCGGUCUGGAGGCGUCGCGGAGUCGGAGAGCGAGCGCUGAACGCAGGGUUUGUGCUCAUGUGUGAAAUGAGAGUCUUGGUAUUUAAGGGUCUGAGUAUUUCACAUGGUUUAUGUGCGUGAACACAUGAUUGAAAGUCCCAAAACAUUUUGUGCAAUAAGAACGGGCUCUCAUUUAAAAGCCAUUUACAUCACGGUGUGUAAACAAGCUUCAGAUUCAGCAAAACAGCCUUUCUGUGUGUGUGUGUGUGUGUGUGUGUGUGUGUGUGUGUGUGUAAAAUCAUUUCGGAAUAUUAACAAGCAAAACUUGAAUUUGCUCAUUAAAGAAGACAAAGACCAUCAGAUCAAGCGUAAUAGUUGCUGAUGUAGAUGUCACCAUCCCAGUGUUUGUCUUCAUGUGUGUUUGAACGUCUACAUCUCGUCACUCUAUUUAAAGAAUUCCUAUGUAAAGGUCUUGUUCUGCAUCAAAGAAAUGUUAAAGUAGCUUUACUUGCUCAAUAUGCAAUAUACCGUGGCGAGGCGUCUCGUGUUGGAUCUCGUGUCCUCCACUGGAAAUCUGUUUCUUCACUCACACACUUUUCUCUGAGGCUCGUCCUCGAUGCUUCCGCAUGAUAGAUCCGGCAUGACGGUUUACGACCCGCCUCACGUAAUUCAUCCACAGGUCACUUAUUUUAAAAGAUGUCCAGCGGUUAUCAAACAUCUUGAUUGUGUAAUAAUACGGCACCGGAUAGUGUUCGGAGAGCUUUGAAUCGCCACGUCACGUGACUCUUUAAAGAGUCCAAAUCCUCCUUUACUCAGUCCAAGAAAUCACAUUGCCACUCCAGAAUGUUUAAUGCGGAGAGUAAAAUGAUUGUAAGAGUGAUGUGCUUUAUUAUAUUGUAUCGAGAGUGGGAAAUGUGUACAGGAAAAAAAUGAUCACUGUGAAAAUUAUUUUACGUGUAUGGUGAGAAUCUGUAUAAAUUGUACCAUGGAAAUGUGCAGGGAUAAUGGCGUGUGUGUUCAGGUUCGGAGACAUCACCCUCGUCACAUGAUUCAUGAGGACGCCGUUAAUGAAUAUGAUGUGAUUGUUGACAUCUGUUAGAUCUGAACACAGCGAUGGGUUUAAUGCUAUAGAAUAAAACCAAUACUCAGCCA